AUGUUUCAGCGAGUGCAAGGUAUCUUGGAGCCUUAUAAAGAUCCAUCUGCCGGUCUCCCUCCCGAUCCUUCCUUCACAUUACAGCUACCUGACGAAUCAUACACCGGAAGCAAUCUCCAUGCGGUCCAAAAGCUAUUCGAUGGAGAAUUUCAAUUCGACGUUUUUUUCGAGAGCGUCAGCGCGAAACAUAAACUUAGCUCGGCUACUCUGGACAACGGCAUUGCUGCACUGACAAGGUCAUUCGACGAGCGUUUCAAGGCGGUUUUCCCAAGACAUGCUGACUAUCCUUCGUCGGACCAAGCUCGCUUUGAGGACUUCUCAAAGGCCAUCACAUCGAACCUCAUGGGUGGUGUUGGCUACUUUUAUGGAAACUCCAUCACGAAUAAGAAAUUUUCGUAUGAAUGGGACGAAGAGGAAGAUUCCGGAGCAGGUUUCACUGAUGACAGCGAAGAACGCGGUCCAGGGCUCACAGAACCGAAGGCACUGCUCACUGGUACACCCAGCCGAAGUUUCUUUCCAAGAGGCUUCUACUGGGACGAAGGCUUCCACCUUAUACACAUAGGCGCAUGGGAUAACGAUUUUAGUGUCGAGAUCCUCAAAGAUUGGAUCAAUCUAAUUGACGAGGACGGAUGGGUAGCCCGAGAACAAAUCUUGGGUGAAGAGGCUCGUUCCAAGGUGCCUGCUGAAUUUCAAACACAAGUCCCCAACUAUGCAAACCCGCCCACUUUGACAGUGGCGGUCACAGCCUUGAUUUCGCGGGUUAAAGCUGCUUCCAGUGGACCAUCUACUGCAGACCUUGGGAUGGACUUUGUUAUGGGAGACGCGCAGACGCCUUUAUCGUUUUCGCAAAAUCCCGAUUCUAGCAAGUACUUGGAACCGGAGGCGGCGAUGUCUUUCUUGAAGUCAAUCUAUCCGCCUCUCAAACGACAUUAUGACUGGUUCCGUCGUACGCAGCGCGGACAGAUCAAACAAUAUGGAAGGAAGGCAAGGUCAAGGACAGAGGGAUACCGAUGGAGAGGAAGAUCAGAAUCCCAUGUUCUGACGAGUGGUAUGGAUGAUUACCCUCGUGGGCCUCCGCAUCCUGGUGAACUGCAUCUGGAUCUCAUCUCGUGGAUGGCAUUCUUUUCAAGGACGAUGAGAGAGAUCUCGUCAUUCGUUGGAGAGGAAGAUGAUGCGAUCUCCUACGGAGAGAUCGAGAAGGCCAUUUUGGAUAAUAUUGAAGACCUUCACUGGAAUGAGAAAGAGCAAAUGUACUGCGAUGUGAACGUAGAUAAUGAUGACGAAUCUUAUCACGUCUGUCACAGGGGUUACCUGUCGCUCUUCCCAUUUUUACUUUCCUUGCUCCCUCCAACUUCCCCACAUCUCGGUCCGACCCUUGACCUUCUUCAUGACCCUGAGCACUUGUGGUCAUCUUACGGUAUCCGGAGCUUGUCCAUGUCUCAUCCAGAAUUUGGGCAAGGAGAGAAUUACUGGAAGGGUCCCAUCUGGAUUCAGAUGAAUUACCUCAUUCUAGGCGCAUUGCACAAUACCUAUGCAAAAGAGGAAGGUCUUUACCAAGAGAAGGCUAAACAGAUCUAUACCGAACUAAGGAAGAACGUGGUUGAUAAUGUUUUCAAGGAAUACGAACGCACAGGUUAUGUUUGGGAGCAGUAUGAUGCUAACAAUGGGGAGGGACGACGAAGCCAUCCCUUCACUGGUUGGACAUCGUUGGUCACAUUGAUCAUUUCUGAAAAGUAUUAA